CGCUCGUCUUUUUUUUUCUUCGCUAGUUUCUGCGCUUCCAUUUUUAGACCUAUUUUUUUUUUUCUUUCUCUCGAGUGGGGUGAUGGAUUCUCGCAGUGCGACAACGAGCGACGAAGGAGGGUCGGAUCGAGUUACCAGGCUUGGACCGUCUUCAGGAAACCGUGGUCAUCUUCCACCACCGCUUAUGCAGCCCAGCAUUAGUACCAAUACCCUCAAAUUCCGAAAUAACUACGACGCGCUGCUCAAAGAAGUACUGGAAGAAAGCUCGGAAGACGAAGAAGAACUGCUCAACCAUAUCGACAUUGACCUUAAUGCCGCCACCGCCGAACUUCCCGAUGAAUUGCGAGCAGCACUCGAAGAUCGCUCACUCGCCGAUAAAUAUUUAGCCAAUUUAAAGACAUUCAUGAGUCAUCGACGUACUCAAUCCUUUGGAUCCAUCGCAAGCGGGAAAGGCGACUAUUCAACUCCAAGCACCCCGCUUCAAUCGUCUUUUGCUCAGCCUUUGAAUUCGAAACCCUUGUUUCGAAUGCAACAGGAUCCAUUGUCCAAAGUGUUGGAUGCCAUACCUUACCAAACUCGUCUGGUGAAUGGCGUUCAGUCACUGACCGUGCUCGAACAGAAAUUCUAUGCAUUGCGUAUCCCUGAGCUUGAUUUGCCGACGGUAUCCGACAUCAUUAUCCGGUCCCGCCUGGAUGAUCUGUAUAAAAUUCAGGAUGAUCUUUACAUCCACUUGCACGGCGGUCCAUUAUUUAAAACUACCUUUGGUAAAUACAAUAUCGGAGAAAAGAAAAGAGCAAAGGUGCUUCAUCUCUUGGAUGAGAUCUCCAAAGAAAUUGGGUUGUAUGAAGAAUUCAUCAAGCGUGCCAAUUACCUUAGUCUCGACAAUAUAUUAAAUGAGUCGGAUACCUCCAGCAUUGACGAGUAUCAAGAAUCCGAAGCCUUUGAAACAGAUUCUAGCAUGCUCCACUUUGAAUCCUCAUCCGAUAUUUUACGAAUGACACCAGCCACGUCGCCUUCACCUGCUACCUACGCUUCCAUAUCACCCAAUACCUCGUUUCAUUCCUAUCAUCCUGUUUCUUCUCCCAAUCUUCUUCGUCGGGCCACGUCCACUUUAUCCGAUCAACGAUCCAUUGCUACCCCCAUGGUACGACGUUUGGAUUCCUCCGUCACCGGAUCGUCUGAAUCGCCUCAGUCUUCCGAUUAUCUUUACAAUGCGUCCAUCCAAUCCCCUUCUCUUUCUCAAUUGGUUGGUGAGGAUUCGGCUUUGGAAGCCAAGGAAGGAUUGGAACCUUGGGAAGCGUUCAAAUGGACCCCCUUGGUGAAAAUAUCGGAUCAUCUCUACUCGGAUGCCACGCGAAUGAACAGCGGACUGGUGUCCGUGUUGGCAGUCAGUGGUGUUAUUGCUGUAGGAACCAUACGUGGGUUGGUGUUUGUGUAUGAUUACUCUCAAAAUCUUAAAUGCGUGUUGGGGGAUCAUACCCGUGCGGCUACGGUGGGAUCCGUCACAGCGUUAGCCAUUUCGGCCGAUCAUACCAGUAUUGCUUGCGGUCACAGCCGUGGUUACAUUGUGGUGUGGGAUAUCAGAAAACCUGGUCACCCUAUUCGGACCAUUGAACCCAUCCAGGCGAACCAGGCCACGAGUGCCACUUCAUCCGCCACGACACCCUCGCCUUCCAGCUCACGCAAAGAAGGCCACGUUGCAGGCGCGGCAAUUCUGCAUAUUGGAUUCAUUGGCGUGAAAAAAUCAGACAUCGUGUCAGCAGACGAUCACGGUAUGGCGUUUUACCACGUCUUGUACAAAGUGGUCAUGGUCAAUGCAGUGGAUACCACGCGAAUUCUGGGUCGGUACCAAAACCUGACCUUCAAUCCAGACACGGGUCUCGGUAGUCCCACUUUGCAUCCACCACCUACGCUGACACCUGGGAUGGAAGACACUCCGAAACCACGAAAACCCAGCACUGUAUUUGCUAUGCAGCCCUUGCCGCUUGGACAAGUGCCUCAUCCAGCAGAGAAUUUUGGCAUCGUCGCCCUUUUGACCCCAUACAAGAUGAUCAUCGUCGGCUUAAAACCUACACCGCAAACACAAUACAAGCAUUUAAAACCCAAAGCUGCGAUGGCCGAUCAUAAAGGAAUUGAAGUUGUUGACACCCCUCCGGACACCGAUCCCGAUACCAAUCUGACCAAAGAAAGUUUGGCAGGCUGCUUGGCCUGGCUUCCCGUCACAAAGACAGGCAAUGCACAAGAUGCAAAAGACAAAAAAUCAAGGACGGUGAUACCUUCGGGGGAUCCGAUGCUUGCAUUUUCUUGGGGAAAUCAUCUAUUUAUCCUGCGUAUUGGUGUGGAUCUGCAGGAACCGGCCACGGGACGAAGCGGCCGCCCCUCGACCGCCAAACCCUUGGGUAAAUCCAAAAAACGCACCAAAUUACAAUUUACCAAAGUCGGCGAAUGGAAAUGUCGCGACUCGAUUGUAGGACUCCAAUGGGUCAAUCGACAGAUUUUGGUCCUCUUUACGCCCAAUGAAGAAAUGAUUCUUUUUGAUCCCAAAAAUAUGGUGGAAACGGAACGAGCCAGUAUCAGGAACAAGCAGCUGGUGUAUCAUGACUGGUUCACAUCGUCUCUGAAAAACAUGGCUGAGGAAACAGUCGCUUCAACACACACGCCUGGCAUCGAUAUCACCGUCACUCCCAGCAUCUCCAAAUCCAUUGAAAUGGCGUAUUAUCAUUCUUUGAGAGGAUACAAGGGGAAACUGUUUUUGCUGGGCCUCAAUCAACUGUAUAUGGGCACAUUAUUAUCGUGGGCCGAUCGCAUCCUUGCCCUUGUCCGUGCAGGAGACUUUUUGGAAGGCAUUCAGCUGGCGACCCUGUUUUAUAAUGGAAAAUGCAUCCAGACCGUGGUGGGACUUCCUGAAGAUGAACAAGCACGCAAGAAAAUGGUGGGUGAAAAGCUGAUUGAGCUCCUCGAAGCCUCGUUGAAUUACGCCUUUUCUUCCAAAAGAACCUAUGACGGUAUGGUCGAUGAUUUGACCGGCGGCGGCAAUGUGCUGUACAAUGAUCUUGCCACGGGAUGUAUCGAUGCGUGCCUGAGCAUGAAUCGACUCGACUUUUUAUUCGAUGUGAUCUAUGAACGAUUUGCGGAAUCGCGGGUGCGAGGUCUGUUUUUGGAAGUGCUUGAACCGUACAUCAUUCAGGAUCGCGUGCCGGAUAUCCCGCCGGCUGUCAUGAAGAACCUCGUGGAUCAUUUCAGUGAAAAGAAGCUCCUCACGGGGCUGGAACAAGUGAUUUGGCACGUCAAUCCUCAGUGUUUGGAUAUCGAUCAAAUCGUGAGCAUGUGUCACCGCGAAGGACUGUUUGAAGCCAUGAUGUACGUGUGGAAUCGAAGUAUGGAUGAUUACGUGAGCCCUGUCGUCGAAAUGUUAAAGGUGAUACGUACCGUGUUGAAAACCGAGAGUACAGCUCCCGCGGAACCGUCGGCGGGCCCUGUUCCCAUGUCACGUCAUGCCAGCUUUCAAGCGAGCCAGGAGGAAGAAUUCGAUCUGCGGAAACAGGCCGAGAAGUUGUUUGAUUAUCUGAAACUGAUCUUGACCGGACGCACGUUUCCCGACGGGUUGGCUAUGUCUUCGUCGCGGGCCAAUGAAGCACGCAGCGCGGUGUACUCGUUCAUCUUUUCCGGCCGAUGUGUGGUGUGGCCGCGGACUGGAGGCAAACUAGUCCUGACCGCGGAUGAUACCGAAGAAAUCUCCGAACCCACGUACCCGUACCUGCGACUUUUGCUUCGUUUCAAUACGAAAAAGACUCUCCGAGCUUUGGAAACCGCAUUUGCCGAUCCGUGGUUGAAUGGCGGCGAAGAUUUCCUUACGUCCACGUUUGAAGACGAAGUCCCGGGCAAAGUGAUUUCGCGUCAAAUCAUUGUCAACACCUUGCUAGAUAUCAUGGGAGGCGGGAUGACCGGCAACGAACUCACACUGCCGCCUCCACGACCGAAACAAUCCAUUUCAGCGUCCACGGUGGUUUCCAUCAAUCCUUCGACAACCACCGCACCCUCACCGCCAACAAAACAAGGGACGUACGAUGUCGCUUCCAACGAAAAUUUAGUCCAACUGUACAUGUUCAUCGCGUCCAAUUUGCACAAAUACACGACGUUUAUCCUGUUACCACCAACGACGUUGCACAAGAUUCUCGUUCGACUCGCCGACGAUCAUACUGCCGAGACCCGGGAAGAACGUCAAGCGGCGGUGCGACAUUUAUUGACGGUGUAUAUCCCGACGGAUGAGGAACACAUGAUUUUGCUGUAUGAAGAAGCCGGGUUUUGGAAAGUCUUGGAAGACGUGUACCGGCACGAUCGCAAAUACGGCAAACUGGUAGAAACGUAUCUCAAAGACGACGAACGACGCGACAUGGUUUUUGACUGCGUCUACCAUCUUUUGGAGGAACGGUCCGGUUUGACGGAAAAGCAACGCAACGAAGUGAAACGGGUGUUCAUGAUUCGCAUUGCUCAGUUUGUGGAAAUUGAUGGGCAACGUACCGCGCAUGUGGUCGAUUCAUUGUUUGGCGGUGAUCAUGAUGAUGUCAUUAAAAGAUUGGAAGAGGAGCAAGAAUUUGACGACGACGAUGAACCUCAAUCUACCGCUGACAAGAGACUGUUUUCAUACUUGCGCGGUUUGUUGGAACCCGGAGGGAAAGAGAGCGAAGAGGAAGCGAGGGUAAUUGAACGUCCUGAUCAAGCGUCUCGCGUCAUUGUCCCGCCGUCGGUGUCAAGUGCCUCGAUUCACGAACGUUAUAUUGAACUGAUGUGCCGUUUCGAUCCCUCGGGCGUGUACGAUUACAUCAGCACCAAAUUGACGGCGUCCAUUGAUUUGGAGAAAAUAUUGGAAAGUUGCGAAACUUACGGCGUGAUUGAUGCGGCGGUAUGGAUCAUGGAAAAGAAGGGCGAUACGCAAGGCGCUCUGGACAAAAUGCUGGAAGUGGCGCGUGAAAAUGUAUCGUUCAUUCUUCAAAUCCUGCAACGACAUAAACAAGUAUUAAGCGAACGAGAAUCGACCGCAUCGGCAUCGGCCGUCUGUACAUUUGAAGAACAAACCAUUAUCAGCAGCUGUCUCAUUGGCCUCAAAGGCGUGCUUCGCGUCGGCACACGACUAUGUGAGAACAGCAGUCGACCGGUGGCGAUGAUCGGAUCACCGGGAGAAGAGGAAGAGGCGGAAGAAGAAGAAAAAGCCGCUGUUUCUAUCGAUACAUCCUCCUCUUCCGGAUUUGUCAAAGACACCGGAGAGGAUACGGCCGAAAACACCGUUCCCGCUGACGAUGCAACACCUCAAAAAGUCACGAAAUACGGCAAUGAGGAAGUGGAAUCACUGUGGUUCAGGUUGUUGGACGCUUACGUGGAAUCUUCCAUUGAAGUGUACAAUGUGUUGAAUGUACUUCGGGGUCAAGACAAGACCGAUUGCACGCCUGCCGGAUUGUACCAACACAUUGUUACCUCUUUUAAAUCGUUUAUUCAGUCGAUUUUUACUUCGCUUCUCCUCUCGACGUCGCCGCAGAUUUCGUUGCCACAUCUGCUCCUACGACUGGUUCAUUCGCAAACCCGCGGUGAGACCACAUUUGCCGAUUUCCGGCAUUUCUUUCUAACGAUGCUGGAUACGUAUAAAUAUGAAGGGAAGUUGCUGGAGAUGACGAACCGGUUGUUUGAACGCGACCUCUAUGGUGGUGUACAAGAAAUGGUACGGAAGAAAGGGCGUGGUUGGGGCCCAACACGAGCGGUGUGCCCUAUCUGUGGGGCCAGCAUUUUGGAUAUCUCUCUGCUCCAACCUCCUUUAGCGUGGAAUUUGGAUGCCGAAGACGAGGCGACAGAAGAUGUGCAAGACACGGCAGAGAAAGAUAUCGCCAUCUUCCACUGCGGCCACGCUUUCCAUCAACACUGUUUACAGCUGCAACUUGGCGAGUCGCAAAAUGUAUGUGUGAUUUGCCACCAUGGAUCAUCCAAAACGUCCCGAACCAAACUUCGAUCGACGACGAACAAGGGCAAAGAUUCUGCCCCAUGAUAAAUAUAUUUUAUAUAUACCCAUCUUUUGAUCCCUACCAUUGUUAUUUAUUACCAUAUAAAAGAAAAAAAAAAGA